UAAUGAUAUAAAUAUAUAAAUUUGGUGAUCUCCCCUCGCUCUCACUGUCUGUCUCAAGCGCCAUGGCGAACGAAAAGCAAGCUGAUGAAUCCAUGGAAACUCCUCUACAUUUCAGGUGCCCUAUUUCAAUGGAGAUCAUGAAAGACCCUGUUAUCAUCUCAACCGGUGUCACAUACGAAAGGAAGAGCAUCGAGAAGUGGUUCUUCAAGUACAACAAAAAGACCUGCCCCGCUACUAUGCAAACCAUUCACAACUUCGAUCUCACUCCAAACCUCACCCUCAAAAGCCUCAUUCUCUCUUGGCACCAUCAACAAUCUCACCACUCUCAACCAUCUUCUCCCCCGGCCGUCUCCAUCAAACACCAUGAGUUGGUCUCUCUGUUGACAACAAUCGAGUCCACGCCUUUCAUGGUGACUUCUCUGAAGAAACUCCGUGCUGUUAUCGGUUUUAACGAUGAGGUGAAGGACGAUUUCGUGCAAUCAGGAGGCGUCGAGGUGCUCACUCGCAUAAUCGUCCAGAUCCUGCUGGUCGACACUUCUGAUUUCACAGCAUUUCGAGCUUGCGAGGAAGCUUUAGCUGUUCUUCACCAACUCUCAUUCUCCGAUGAAGCAUCAAUUGAGUUGUUAUCAAAGCCGGAAUGCAUCAAUUCCAUGGCGAUCAUGCUUCAACGGGGCAGCGCCGAGGCCAGAUUGCACACCGUCUCCAUUUUCAGGACGAUGGCCAAAGUCGAGUAUAACUGGACUUGGGUUGUUGAAGAUCAGGGUAUUGAUCUGUUUAAGUCUCUGCUGGAGCUCUUAUCGGAUGAGAUCAACACCAAAGCGAGCUCUUCCGCAUUGGAUGUUCUGAUUGAGAUCUUGAAUGCAUCGAAGAAGAAUAGAUUAAAGGCGAUCGAAGCGGGGGCAGUCUGCGUCCUGAUUGAGCUUCUCCCCGACGCAAACCGAUCCAAAUGUGAGAAGAUCCUGGUGCUGAUCAAAUUGCUGUGUGAAUGUGCCGAGGGACGACUGGCCUUGGCGGAGCACAGGCUGGGGAUUGCCGCAGUCACCAAGAAGAUAUUGCGAGUCUCCGACACGGCGACCAAGUAUUCGGUGAAGAUCUUCUGGUUGAUUUGCACUUCUCAUCCGACGAAUAAUGUUCUAAAGGAGAUGUUAGUUUCUGGGUCGGUGAAGAAGCUUCUGGCAUUGCUGCACAUGGAUGGCCGCUCCUCGACAAAGGAUAAGGCAUUGAAGAUGAUCAAGCUGCACGGAAAUUCGUGGAGGCGAUACCCUUGUUUCCCUUGUGAAUUGAAAGACUAUUUGAGAUUAUUGAAUGAUUCAAGCUAAUUUUGAUUGUAACACAUAUUAUGUUUAGUAAUUAUACAUACACUAUUUUAAUUCAACAGAUUUUAAUUGUACUGUUUCAUGGCCAUUCUUGGUCUCUUUUUC